UCACCGUACUCUGAAUUCCCGCCACCGCACGCAGCUAAACUCCUCCGGCGAAAAAGAAUCAAAGGCUGGGGAUCGUACGGAGCCGUGUUCGAGAAUCUGAUCCGCCGAGUCAAACCUAGGACGAUCGUCGAAAUCGGGAGCUUCCUCGGCGCGUCGGCGAUACACAUGGCGAAUCUCACGCGCCGCCUUGGGCUCGAGGAGACUCAGAUACUCUGCGUCGACGACUUCCGUGGCUGGCCAGGGUUUCGCGACCGGUUCAAGGACGUGGCGUUGGUAAACGGUGACGUUUUGCUUAUGUACCAGUUUAUGCAAAACGUGGUUAGCUCGGAGUUUUCCGGUUCGAUAUUGCCGGUUCCUUUCUCGACCGGUUCUGCUUUGGAGAAGAUGUGUGAGUGGGGAGUGACGGCGGAUCUAGUGGAGAUAGACGCAGGUCACGAUUUCAAUUCCGCUUGGGCAGAUAUAAACCGGGCGGUUCGGAUACUACGACCCGGCGGAGUUAUAUUUGGUCACGAUUAUUUCACGGCGGCGGAUAAUAGAGGAGUUCGGAGAGCUGUGAAUUUGUUCGCAGAGAUUAACCGGUUAAAGGUCAAAACCGAUGGUCAACAUUGGGUUAUUGACUCCGUGUCUCCGUCAAAUUAACCUGACAAUAACAAUUAAUGGAUUUUGAACAAAAAAAAAAAAAAAAAUUAAUGGAUUUGAACUUUUGAUUGUAUAAUAAGAAAAUGUAUGUGAUUGGUUCGUUGAAAAAAUCCAUCCUUUUUUUUUCUUACUUCAAGUUGAUGAAAGUGUCACAAUUUGUAUGAUUUUGGUAUAGAAUCCGUAGUCUCCCACUCCACCUAUAUCUUUCGCAGACAAAUUGUUUGUUAAAAUCAUCUAU